CGAGCCCGGGCUCGAUUUGCAAGCUCUCUGAGCCUGCGUCCGCCGAGGGGGAGGGCUUCCUCGGCCCGGCCGGAGUUGCUGCUGGGGGCUUGUGGCUCACAGCGCAAACGACUGUCAAGAGGGCAGCAGAGUGGAGCUGCCGGAAGUGUCUGCGCGACGCGAGAGAAACUUUCCUGCUCCGGCCGCGGCCCGGAGCCUCGCAGCCUCAGUGUCCGGAGCGACGAUGCGUCCUGAUGACAACGACUUGAGCAGCCCCGCGCCUCGGUCGGUCGCCCGCGCUUGUCUCGCCUCGGGGGAAGAAGACUGAGCUUGGGGGCGUCCGCGCGCCGCGGGAACUCGGCGCAGGCGGCGCGCGGCGGCCCGUUUCCUUUGCGCCUUCUCCUCGCGACCCGGCGCGUUCCCCGAGAUCGCGCGUCCUCAGCGCCAGCCGCGGUCGCCGGCUGCCCUCGCCCUGACCGCCGGCGGGGACGUGUCCCCGGCCGCCGCUGGCAGUGCUUGUGCCAUGGGGCUGCCCACUCUGGAGUUCAGCGAUUCCUACUUAGACAGCCCGGAUUUCAGAGAGCGCCUGCAGUGUCAUGAGAUUGAGCUGGAGCGAACCAACAAGUUCAUCAAGGAGCUCAUUAAAGACGGCUCUCUGCUCAUCGGGGCGCUGAGGAAUCUGUCUAUGGCCGUACAGAAAUUCUCCCAGUCACUACAAGAUUUUCAGUUUGAAUGUAUUGGUGAUGCUGAAACAGAUGAUGAAAUUAGUAUUGCUCAGUCAUUAAAAGAAUUUGCCAGACUGCUGAUUGCAGUAGAAGAAGAAAGGAGAAGACUGAUUCAAAACGCUAAUGAUGUAUUAAUUGCGCCACUUGAGAAAUUCCGAAAAGAACAAAUAGGUGCAGCAAAAGAUGGAAAGAAGAAAUUUGACAAGGAGAGUGAAAAGUACUAUUCUAUUCUUGACAAGCAUUUAAAUUUAUCUGCAAAGAAAAAGGAGUCUCAUUUGCAAGAGGCAGAUAUACAGAUUGAUCGAGAACAUCAAAACUUCUAUGAAGCUUCACUGGAAUAUGUCUUCAAAAUUCAAGAGGUUCAAGAAAAAAAGAAGUUUGAAUUUGUUGAACCGCUUUUGUCAUUCCUUCAAGGCUUAUUCACUUUUUAUCACGAGGGAUAUGAACUCGCACAGGAAUUUGCCCCGUAUAAGCAGCAGCUGCAGUUCAACUUGCAGAACACAAGGAAUAAUUUUGAAAGCACUCGUCAAGAGGUAGAGCGGUUGAUGCAAAGAAUGAAAUCUGCCAACCAAGACUACAGGCCACCUAGUCAGUGGACGAUGGAAGGCUAUCUUUAUGUCCAAGAAAAACGACCACUUGGUUUUACCUGGAUUAAACAUUAUUGUACUUAUGAUAAAGGAAGUAAAACAUUUACAAUGAGCGUUUCAGAAAUGAAAUCCAGUGGAAAAAUGAAUGGCCUUGUUACUAGCUCACCAGAAAUGUUUAAAUUAAAAUCUUGUAUCCGACGAAAGACAGAUUCCAUUGAUAAGCGAUUCUGCUUUGACAUAGAAGUAGUUGAAAGGCAUGGGAUCAUCACAUUGCAGGCCUUCUCAGAAGCUAAUAGGAAACUUUGGCUCGAAGCCAUGGAUGGGAAGGAGCCGAUUUACACCUUGCCUGCCAUUAUUAGCAAGAAAGAAGAAAUGUACUUAAAUGAAGCAGGGUUCAACUUUGUGAGAAAAUGCAUUCAAGCUGUGGAAACAAGAGGUAUCACCAUUUUAGGCCUCUACCGAAUAGGAGGAGUGAACUCUAAAGUCCAGAAACUCAUGAACACCACGUUUUCUCCAAAAUCCCCUCCUGAUAUUGAUAUUGAUAUUGAACUAUGGGACAAUAAGACAAUAACAAGUGGGCUGAAAAACUACCUCAGGUGUCUUGCUGAACCACUGAUGACUUACAAGUUGCACAAAGAUUUUAUUGUUGCUGUUAAAUCUGAUGACCAAAACUACCGUGUGGAAGCCGUCCAUGCAUUGGUGCACAAAUUGCCAGAGAAAAACCGAGAGAUGCUGGACAUCUUGAUAAAGCACCUGGUCAAAGUAUCAUUACAUAGCCAACAGAAUCUCAUGACUGUCUCAAACCUUGGUGUCAUAUUUGGCCCAACUCUAAUGAGAGCACAGGAAGAAACUGUGGCUGCCAUGAUGAAUAUUAAAUUUCAGAAUAUAGUGGUUGAAAUCCUGAUUGAACACUAUGAAAAGAUUUUUCAUACUGCCCCAGACCCAAGCAUUCCUCUUCCUCAGCCUCAGUCACGAUCUGGAUCCCGGAGGACACGUGCAAUCUGCCUCUCUACGGGUUCUCGGAAGCCCAGAGGGAGGUAUACGCCCUGCUUGGCUGAACCAGAUAGUGACUCCUAUAGCAGCAGCCCUGAUAGUACACCUAUGGGUAGCAUUGAAUCACUCUCCUCUCACUCAUCUGAACAAAACAGUACUCCGAAGUCUGCUUCCUGCCAGACCCGGGAGAAAUCUGGUGGGAUCCCCUGGAUUGCAACCCCAUCAUCUGCCAGUGGACAGAAAAGCCUUGGUCUCUGGACAACUAGUCCUGAAUCGAGUUCUAGAGAAGAUGCAACCAAAACGGAUGCGGAAUCAGACUGCCAGAGCGUAGCCUCGGUCACUAGCCCGGGGGACGUUUCCCCACCAAUAGACCUGGUCAAGAAGGGGCCCUAUGGGCUAUCGGGGCUGAAAAGAUCCUCAGCUUCCUCCCUCAGAUCCAUCUCUGCACCUGAAGGAAACAAGAGCUACAGUGGCUCCAUUCAAAGCUUAACUUCCAUAGGCUCCAAAGAGACGCCCAAAGCCCCACCAAACCCAGACCUGCCUCCAAAAAUGUGCAGGAGGUUAAGGUUAGACACCGCCUCGAGCAAUGGCUAUCAGCGACCUGGCUCGGUAGUGGCAGCAAAAGCCCAGCUGUUUGAAAAUGUUGGUUCAGUUAAGCCAGUUUCUUCUGGGCGCCAAGCCAAAGCUAUGUAUUCCUGUAAAGCAGAGCACAGCCAUGAGCUCUCCUUCCCACAGGGGGCGAUAUUUUCUAAUGUGUACCCAUCGGUGGAACCAGGAUGGUUAAAAGCAACUUAUGAAGGCAAAACAGGACUAGUCCCAGAAAAUUAUGUUGUCUUCCUCUAAUACUACUUAGUGGAUGGCAGUAUCUUCAUGGUAUCCAUGGUAAUGAAUAAUAAGUGCUAUGAUUUUAUCUGACACAGAUAUGGGGAUCAGCCCACUAAGUGAAAGCUGUUGAUUUCUACCAAGUUCUAUACCAGCAGACUGUGUAGCUCCCUAUUAAUAGAAAAAGGAAAAACAAAACGUUUAAAUUGUUGGCCAGUCAUUUAUUGGCUGGUUUCUUAUUUACAGAUAUCUUGCCUUGGUUUUUUUUUUUUUUUUUAAAUAAUACGUAACUCUGCAGUGUCUCGCCCAUAAUGAUUGCAGAAUCUCAAAUACUAUGUUAAGCACUAUAUCCCAGAAAUUUGGAAACUAGAAUUGCGCUGUAAAAAUUUUCGAGAUCUUUUACUGCCUGGCAUUUGCUGAGGAACCUUGAAAUCAUUACUUUGAAAUAUAAUUUAAACUGUU